AUGUGCCCAGGGGAGGAUUCGGUCAGCUUCCCCAAUCCUCUGCCCGUCUGGACAGAGCACUUGCUCGGAGAGCAGACUGCAGCCGAGGAGGACACUGUGAGUCGACACAGGAGCCGCACCCUUGUUGUACCCUGCGUCUGUCUGUGCGGCUGGGCACCUGGACAUCGGAGGUCACCUGCUCCGCCGGGAACCCUGGGAGACAGCGUCAUGACCCUGACCUUCAUUGCUCUGCUCUCUCUCGGGCUGUGUGGGGGCCCCUGGGACCAGGUCCGGGCAGAGGCCCUCCCCAGACCCUCCCUCUGGGCUGACCCGGGCCCCGUGGUCAGCAAGGGCAGCCCUGUGACCCUCUGGUGUCAGGGGUCUCUGCUGGCUGAUGCCUACUAUCUGUAUAAAGAGAGGGGCUCUGAGCCCUGGCGUACGAGGAUCCCACAGGCCUCCAACAACAAGACCGAGUUCCGCAUUCCAUCCACGAGCUCACACGAUGCAGGGCCAUACGAGUGUGUCUACAGGGCUGGGCGCACCCUGUCUGAGCGCAGUGAGCCGCUCGUCCUGGUGGUGACGGGAGAGUUCAGCUCACCGUCCCUCGAAGCCCAGCCAAGCCCGGUGGUGGCCUCAGGGGGGAACGUGUCCCUCGUGUGUAGCUCACAGUCCACAUCUGGCCCUUUCCACCUGCUGAAGGAGGGAGGGGCUGAGCCGCCCCGACACAUGGCAUCGCAAUGGAGUUACUUACCCAGGGGGUGGCAGGCCGUCUUCCCUGUGGGCCCUGUGAGCGCCUCCCACGGGGGAACCUACAGAUGCUACGUUUCUCGCAGCUCCUACCCCAAUGUGUGGUCACAUCCGAGUGACCCUCUGCGCAUCGAGGUCACAGGCGUGUACAGGUCGCCCUCCCUCCGGGCCCAGCCAGGCUCCCUGCUGCUGCCUGGGGACAGCCUGACCCUCCAGUGUCGCUCGGAGCCCGGCUUUGACAGAUUCGCUCUGACCAAGGACGAGGGGCCCACACCCCCUCAGCGUCUCGAUGGGCAGCGCAGCCCCGACUUCCCCCUGGGCCCUGUGACCCGCACCCACGGGGGCCGGUACAGGUGCUACAGCGGACACAGCCCCUCCUAUGCGUGGUCGACCCCCAGCGCCCCCCUGGACGUGCUGAUCCACCGCCCUCCCUCCCCAGGAGCGGACAGCAAACCCUCCCUGUCGGCCCGGCCGCCGCCCCCGGGGCCCUGGGGAGCCAACGUGACCCUGCUGUGUCGAUCUGAGACCAGGGCUGACACCUUCCACCUGCACAGGGAGGGCUCCCUGGACCCUCCCCUGCAGCUUCGUCUGCAGGACAUGGCUGCCCCCUCGGAGGCCACCUUCAACAUCAGUCCUGUGACCUCGGCCCACAGUGGGACCUACAGGUGCUACAGCUCCCACAGCGCCUCCCCCUUCCUGCUCUCAAAGCCCAGUGACCCCCUGGAGAUCCUGGUCCCAGACUCAACCGCCCACGACUACACAGUGGGGAACGCCGUCCGGUUGGGUGUGUCUGGCCUGAUCCUCCUGGUCCUCGGGGGGCUGCUGUUUGAGGCUUGGCACAGCCAGAGAAGACCCGCGACGCGGCCAGGAGAUUGUUCGCCCCGGCGACCAGCUGCCCGCCACCACCGGCUGCACUCGGGGCUGAAGCGCUUCCCCUGCCCCCUCUGCUCCAAGCGCUCCGCCCGCAGCGACCACCUGUCCAAGCUCGCGCGCCGCCACCGCGGCUGCCACCGGGCUGCUGACGUGCGACACCAUGACAGGACAGCCAGCCUCCCAGGGACCACACCCUACGUGUCUGUCCACCCGCAGGACGCCCUGGUCUCUUCCUCCUGCACAGCGGGCUUCAGAGAGGAGACCAUGCCCCCCACGCUCACGGCCCUGCUCUGCCUCGGUGAGUGUCGGGGGGGAGGGGGAGCCCUGCUCUGUCAGGACCGGGCUCAGGACGCUCCCAGGGAGGGGGGCUCUGCUCAGGACUCAGGGCACAUCCCUCACGGGGACUCUCUUGCAGGGCUGAGCGUGGGCCUGAGGACCCCGGUGCAGGCAGGGACCCUCCCCAAACCCACCGUCUGGGCAGAGCCAGGCCCUGUGAUCCCCUGGGGGAGCCCGGUGACCAUCUGGUGUCAGGGGUCCCGGCAGGCCCAGGAGUUCCGACUGGAUAAAGAGGGAACCUCAUCGCCUUGGGCCACACAGAAGCCACUGGGUCCCAGGGACAAGGCCAAGUUCUCCUUCACACAGAUGACAGAGAACACUACAGGGUUAUAUCGCUGCUACCAUCGGAGCCCCAGGGGCUGGUCAGAGCGCAGUGACCCCCUGGAGCUGGUGGUGACAGGAUUCUACAGCAAACCCAGCCUCUCAGCCCUGCCCAGCCCUGUCGUGACCUCCGGAGGGAACGUGACCUCCUUAGGGAACGUGACCCUCCAGUGCGGCUCCGGACUAGGUUUUCACAGGUUCAUUCUGACUGAGGAGGCAGGAAGCAGGCCCCCCUGGACCCUGGACUCACAGCCUCACCCCAGCGGGCAGGUCCAGGCCCUGUUCCCCGCGGGGCCCAUGACCCCGAGCCCCAGGAGGACGUUCAGGUGCUAUGGCUGUUACAGGUACAGCCCCCAAGUGUGGUCACUGCCCAGUGACCCCCUGGAGCUCCCAGUCUCAGAGCCUGAGCCCCGCGGUCCCGGCCCCCUGGACCCUACCCCCGGGAAAGCAGACUCCCAGACCCAAGACUACACAGCGGGGAAUCUCGUCCGCAUGGGCGUGGCUGGCCUGCUGCUGCUGGUCCUCGGGGGGCUGCUGCUUCAGGCUCGAGACACCGAGGGGACGGCCCACGCUGCCGCCAGGAUGUGA